CGCGUAAAAAAGAAUCGCCGCGAAAAAUUUAACACCAAGGGAGUUAAAAAAAAUCAAUUUUCCCCUUUUUCAACUGUUAAAAAAUAGUUCACCCGGAUUCAGACUUUCGUAAGUCUUCCAAAGACCAUCCCGCUUCACUCUCACCACAGUGGCGUAGACUCAAAAAUGGGGAAAUUAUUAGGAAUUUUGAUUCUAACGUUGUUGUGUAUCUGUGAAGCUGCAAUAUUUAGACCCAUUUCAGAUUCUCACCGAUCUGCUGCUUUGGACUUGUUUACACCUAAACAUGCAUCUUUUAAAAGCCUUGAAGAAACAUACGAGGCCUUAAGGACAUUUGAGGUACUUGGAAUUGAUCAACAGCCUGACAUCAAGGCGGCGACGUGUAAAUCGGUGGUGGAUACUCUUCGGUCUCCAUCUUCCGCAUUGAAGGAUUUGUUCCAAGCACUGAGAGUAAAUGGAGUAUUGAAGUGCGAGCUUAAUGAGGAGACUUUUUCUGGCAUAGCUUCAAGACUUAAGGAUUUCGUGAAGACUGCCAGCUCGCUUAUCGACUACUACUAUUCAGUUGGUAGUUUAGUUCUUAUCAAGGGCCAAACCUCUGAAGUUGAUGUACAUCUUGGAGGUGCUGAUUCAGUUUUCCGUGCCAUAAAGGCUCUUAGCCAAAGUGAUGGAAGAUGGCGCUAUAGCUCCAAUAAUCCCGAGUCUAGUACAUUUGCUGCAGGAAUUGCACUUGAGAGUCUGGCUGGUGUCAUUUCAUUAGCAUCUUCUGAGAUUGAUCAUUCUCUGAUUAGCCUGGUGAAAAAUGACAUAUCGAAGCUUCUAGAUGGUGCUGAGAAAUAUGAUGAUGGCGCCUAUUACUUUGAUCAAAAGCCUGUUGAUGCUCAUGGACAUCAGAGUCCCCUAUCGGCUUCAUCAGCGGUGGUGCGUGGUAUCACAGCAUUUGCCACAGUAUCUGAUGAAGAUCUAAAUCUUCCAGGUGACAAAAUUUUAGGUUUAGCAAGGUUUUUCCUCAGUGUUGGAAUUCCUGGAAGUGCAGAAGACUUGUUUUAUCAACUUGAUGCAUUGGCUUCCGUAGAAAACAAUAGGGUCUCCAUUCCGUUGAUUUUAUCGCUCCCAGCUGCUGUGCUUUCGUUGACUAGGAAAGACCAGCUUAAGGUGAAAGUAAACACUGUUUUGGGCUCUGCUGCACCUUCUCUAUCAGUCAAACUCAAGCAGAUUUUCAGCUCUGGUUCAAAGGAUGCUUCAAUCAUUGAUCAGGAUCUCAAAUUUGACCCUGAAAAUGCUGUGCAUUUCUUAGAUGCAUUACCAGAAAACAUUGACGCCGGCAGUUACAUUUUUUCUUUCGAGAUUGUCCUUCACAACCCAGAGGAUAAAAAGAUCUAUGCCACUGGAGGACGGACAAAAGUACCCAUAUCUGUGACAGGAUUUGUCAAAGUUGACCAUGCAGAUGUUGCUGUUCUUGACAGUGAUCUUGGUAAUGUGGAAACUCAAAAGAGGAUUGAUUUGGCCGGGGAUAACACUAUCUCUCUCUCAGCAAACCAUCUUCAAAAGCUACGAUUGUCAUUCCAAUUAACUUCUCCACUUGGGCAUUCUUUUAAGCCACACCAGGCUUUCCUCAAGUUGAUACAUGAGAGCAAAGUGGAACACAUCUUCGUGGUGGGAAACUCUGGAAUUUUUUUUGAAAUUAUACUAGAUUUUCUUGGACUAGUUGAGAAGUUUUUCUAUCUAUCAGGUAGAUAUGACAUUCAACUUACAGUUGGGGAUGCUGUCAUGGAGAACUCGUUCUUCCGACAUUUGGGUUCAAUUGAAUUAGAUCUGCCAGAGGCUCCAGAAAAGGCAGCUCGCCCUCCUCCACAACCUCUUGACCUUUCCGCAAGAUUUGGGCCAAAGGCAGAAAUAUCUCACAUAUUCAGAGCUCCGGAGAAAAGACCUCCGAAGGAGCUUUCUUUCAUCUUUCUGGCCCUUGUUCUCUUGCCAUUCGUUGGAUUUUUGGUGGGGCUUUUGAGGCUGCAAGUGAACCUGAAGAACUUCCCAAAAGCAUCAGCACCUGCUACAUUCGCCAUUCUUUUCCACCUUGGCAUAGCAGCUGUCUUAACACUCUAUCUUUUAUUCUGGUUGAAGCUGAAUCUCUUCACGACACUCAAAGCGCUUGGAUUUUUAGGGAUCUUCUUGAUGUUCGUCGGGCAUAGAACCCUUGCAUAUCUCGCAUCAUCAUCUGCCAAGUUGAAAUCAGCCUAAUAUAGACAGAUUGCUUUUGGUUAUUACCCUAUGGAUGUGAGUAAACCUUAAGAGAAAAGAGAGUUGGAUACGUCCAAUUUUGUUGUAGGAGAAGCAUACAUGUUUAGUAUGUAACUGCAUCAGAUUUUGUCUUCAAAUGAAAGAAAAAGAUUGGAUAUUGCUACUUUA